AUGGUCCAGACCACGCGAGCCGCAAAAUACCUUGGCGUCUUGGUGGACAAUAAGCUGACUUGGAGGGACCAGAUUUUCCGUACAGCGGACAAGGCCUCUAAGAUGGUAACUCAUCUUAGCAGGCACAUGGCCAACGUCGGCGGUCCCAAAGUCCAGCAGGAGAUGACUGUUAAUGUCUACAGUCCAGUCCGUGCUCCUUUACCGGGGCUGAGGUGUGGGCAGGACGCACUAAAUAUUGAAUUUUAUCGGAUACGGAUCGCCCGGAUACAGCGUCAAGCAGCGCUCUGGGUGUGUUCCGCCUACCGUUACAGUGUCUGA